UAUGUUUGAGAAAAGCUGCUGGUGGUGACUCAUGUGAAAUUUCAAAAUUCAUAGCACUCUUCCUGGAACAUUUGAGAAAAAACGAUGAAGAAAACCUUAAGAAGGCGAUUAAAAAACUUUUUUUUUUUUAAAUGGAAAGUAAACAACCCGAAGACAUUCAUCAAGACUGUGAACUGAAACAAGACGAAUUGAUUUCGAAGCUCCAGCAUUCUCAACAAAACUUUGAUAAUAUCAAAAAAAUAUUAGCAAAUUUUGAAAAAGAAAAUGAGAAUUUAGCGGACGAGAAUGAAAUUUUGAAGACAAGAAUCGCAAGUUUGGAAAAGGAUGUAAAGCAAGAGAAAAACGCUACGAAAAUGGCAAAGAGUCUGAAUGAAGAAACAAUCAAUGAAUUGACACUCUCAGAAGAUCUAAUUGAGUCACUGAAAAAACAAUUUCAAGCAUCAAAAAUAGAGCUAAAAGAAGAGAUAUUGUCAAAAAACAAGGUAGAGAAAGACUAUUCGAACGACAAACGUUACUUUCUCGAAAGAGAACAAUAUUUAUUGAUAACUAUGGAGUCUAUGGAAUCGGGCAAGUUGGAACACGAGCAACAGACCGAAAUUAUGAACAAAGAUGUAGAAGAAUUGAAAAUUCGUGUCAAAGAAUUGGAGGCCACUGAUUUAUCAGAAAAGAAUAUUGAAUUGGAAAGACAAGUGGGAAAGUUGACAGCUCAACUUCAAGAUUUCGAAAGUUCUCGAGGUUAUGAACAGGAAUUAAUUCUCAGUCAGCUCGAAGUUCAAAAAAGGAAAUUGGACAAACAAUUGAUAGACCUUCAAUCAAAGUUAGAACGAAAUCCGGAGCUUGUAGAGUUCGAUAAGCUACACGAAGAGUUGCAAACAGAAAGAAUGAACAUGCCUGUUCAAGUUUGUUACGUUCAUGUUUCUUUCAUUCACAAAGAUAUCGAAAAUCUGAUUUAUCGCAAAAUGAACAACAAUAAAUGAAUUUCAAAACAA